CCGGUCCGGGAGAGGAAGAUGGAUGGGCUCUGCCCGCUUCUUACUCGGACUCGCGGGAGCUCCGCGGGAGUAGUGCGCGGUGCUCAGCGCCCGUGCCGGUACCAUUGUGCCAGCCGGGAGCAGGUGGACGCUGCCUGCCGGGCUGCUCGGCUCGGCUGCUCCGUCCGUCCAGCGUGGGGGCCCCCAGUGUGGCUCUUCAGGCACGGCUGAGGCCAGGGACAGCCCUCGGACAGCUGCCGGUCCGGCACCGCCUGCCCUCAGCACCUCGGCUUCCUGCUCCUUCGCUUUUGCUAUAUUUGUUGUGCCUGAAACAACUGUAUUGAAAGGACCGCCAAGUCUAGUCUGUUUCGUAAAGCUUCCGACUUUUAAUCAGUCUUUUGGUUUAUUUCUACACAAACUUUUUAUUUCUUUUGACUGUUAAGAUCAGUCAUGCUUAAGUGUUUGUCAAAAAACGAUGUGACUGCCGUUAAGUUGGCCCAGUCCUUGCCUGCCUGUGAAGCAGACUCCCUUUGGGAGAGCCCCUGUGCGGAAUGUUGUUUUAGACAAGUAGUGAAAAUUUCUCAGUGUACAGGUGGGUUCACUCCUGUCAGCUUUCUCUGCGGAAACUGCAGGCUGGUGCACACGCAUUCACUUGCUUUUUGGUUUUGUUAGUCCUCAAGCUCUGGGGAUGAGGCUCUGAGGGAUAGACGUGCUCGGCUCCUGUCACGAGGGCUGCCAAAGCAAAAGCCCAUAGAAGGGGUUAAGCAAGUGGUGGUCGUGGCUUCUGGAAAAGGGGGAGUUGGAAAAUCAACAACAGCAGACGAAAGAAGUUGGUUUACUUGAUGCAGACAUAUAUGGACCUUCAAUUCCAAAGAUGAUGAACUUAAAAGGAAACCCAGAAUUAACACCAAAAAAUCUAAUGAGGCCCCUUAAGAACUAUGGAAUCGCAUGUAUGUCUAUGGGUUUCUUGAUAGAAGAGACUGCCCCAGUUGUGUGGAGAGGGCUCAUGGUCAUGUCAGCUGUUGAAAAAUUGUUGAGACAGGUUGACUGGGGUGAACUGGACUAUUUAGUGAUUGACAUGCCACCUGGGACUGGAGAUGUACAGCUGUCAGUAUCUCAGAAUAUUCCAGUUACAGGAGCUGUGAUUGUCUCUACUCCACAAGAUGUGGCUUUAUUGGAUGCACGCAAAGGAGCUGAAAUGUUUAGGAAAGUCCAUGUACCUGUUUUAGGACUGGUUCAAAAUAUGAGUGUUUUCCAGUGUCCCAAAUGUAAGCAUGAGACACAUAUUUUUGGAUCUGAUGGUGUAAGAGAACUGGCAAAAACCCUUGGAUUAGAUAUUUUGGGAGAUGUUCCACUGCACAUUAAUAUACGGGAGACGUGUGAUUCAGGACAGCCUGUUGUGAUCUCUCAGCCUCAAAGUGAUGCUGCUAAAGCUUAUCUAAAGAUAGCUAUGGAAAUAGUAAGAAGACUACCAGGACCUCCUGCUUGAAGCAUGUUCCACUGAAACUUAGCAAAAAAGUGAUCUUUGAUGCAGCCAAUGCAGAAGAGUCCUGCUACCUUAUUACAUGGAGGCCAUAUGUUAGUUCUAAGAACUUCUUUGGGAAUUAAUUUACCAGAGGUUAAAUAUGAUUGUGGUAAUUACUAUUUUCCACAUUAUUGUUUGGCCAUGUCCAAAAGGAUUCAAGUAUGCAAAUGAUGAUAGACAGUAUUUAACUGCUGAAUUGUAACAUCAUCAAGCAAGAAGGUGUGAAGUAUAUUUUUUUACUUGUGCUCUAUUUUAAGGUCAAGAAUGAAAAACAGCCUCUCCAUGCAAGAAUGAUGAGAGGUAUACCAAGAUAUAAGUCCUGCUUAAAAAAUUACAUUUUCAAUACUCUUAUUUCUUUCCAUUUUUGUUCAGCUUUUUACAUGGUUAGCUGUCAAACUGACCUUAAGUUCUGCAAGAUUUGAAGAGGCAAAAUCAGUUCUGUAACUGCUGUACUUUUGUGUUCAUCUUAAAAGAAAAUUAAAAAUUCCAUAUAUACUCUGAAGAGUUCUUGUGACGGAUGAUGAUCAAAUUCAUUCAUUAUUGGAUAAAGUUCGAUCGUGAGGCAAUUCACAGUUUAGUGGAGAAUGGAUUACGUGACCCUGAAGCUUAAUUCUCAACAGUUUUACAUUGUAAUGAACCCAGACAGAAGACAAGGUAACAGAGGUCUUCACUGAAAACCGGAUGUUUUUCCUGAGCUCAGUUUGCCAGGGAAUGCAAAUGAUCAAGAUAAAUUAAAUUUAUGAUUGCAUAUUCCUACUACAGUGGUGCAGAAACUUGGAAUUUGAAUAUAAAGAUAUUUUUCAAGUAAAGAACUAUUUGGUCUUCAAA